GUUCCAUCUUACCUUCUGGACUCGAAUCCGGCUGACUUCCCCGUCGGUCCGCUACGUUUACAAGCGGAUACGGAAGACAGAGAGUUCCUGACUUCUGAUUAUGUUUUCAAUCGGUCUGAUGAUCAGUUGGGUACCAGUCCGGCCGCUUCUUCAUGCGCUGCACUAUCCCGCUCAGGUUCCUUCGGAGGUUCCAGCGGUGGGUUACACAACAGACCCAAGUAUUUGCGUCACGUGUAUGUGGCUGUGGUGGUCGGUGUGCUUCAGUUCAUGGGAGGGCAACGGGAUCUGCUUCAGGUAAAUGAUCCCGUACCCUCGGGCAAUAUUGUUGGUUUAACUGGACCGGAUUUGAUUACCUUCCUUCCCAAGUCCGGACUUCUUGUGGAUCGUCUGUCCUUAGUCGCAGGAGGACAGACAGAUUCCGAUGGUACCGCCACCGCGUCUGCGCCGGUUCUUCCACUGGCAGGUCUAGCUGUAUGGCACGGAGCUCCGGUCAUUUCGGUUGCUGUUGAACCGGCAUCGGCAGCGAACCCGGAAGACGUGUAUCGCUUGGAGCGUGGUUUGAAAUUGUUGGACCGGGCUGAUCCUUGUGCUGAGGUGAGUUCUACGGAGUGA